CAAAGAAAAACUAACGCCAAACUGUCAUACCUAAACAAAACCGUCAGCGUUGUCUGGCUGGCUCAUGCCCAAACAUUUUGUAUGAAGCAUCCCGCAACAACGCGGCAUCAACGCUGAGAGGUUGGAAAAUCCGAUUUUGACAGGGCGUUAGGAAGUGAAGGUAGCUGCAGGAAACGGCGAAACUGUAAUUCUCAUAUUUUACACAAACAAACCUAUGCUUGCUGUUGGUGUUAUUUCUGCAUUCGACGAAGCGUUGACGCUUUUGUUUAGGUUUGGCACUUCCGAAAGCGGCAAGAAAACUAAAUUUGGAUUAUUAAAUAAAAAGUACGUUCAUUUAGUUCCAAUGGUUGUCGAGCAGACCGGUAGAGGUGAACGCGCUUAUGAUAUAUUUUCGCGAUUGUUAAAGGAGCGUAUUGUAUGUGUUAUGGGACCAAUACAUGACGAUUUAAGCUCACUUGUUGUAGCCCAACUUCUUUUUCUUCAAUCCGAAAAUUUUAAUAAGCCAAUACACAUGUACAUAAAUUCUCCGGGUGGAGCUGUAACGGCCGGAUUAGCUAUAUAUGACACCAUGCAGUACGUCAAACCACCCAUAUCAACUUGGUGUGUUGGUCAAGCAUGUUCUAUGGGAUCAUUACUUUUGACAGCCGGAACAUCAGGAAUGAGGUAUUCUCUUCCUAAUGCCCGCAUAAUGAUCCACCAACCGUCUGGUGGAGCUCAGGGCCAAGCAACGGACAUCCAAAUUCAGGCGGAAGAGAUUAUAAAGCUGAAAAAGCAAUUGAUAAAUAUUUAUGUAAAGCAUACGAGGCAACCUUACGAUAGUCUUCAGCAGUGUAUGGAACGAGACAACUUUAUGUCACCCGAAGAGGCUAAAAAAAAGGGCUUAAUUGAUCAUGUUCUUAAGCAUCCGCCUCAAACUGACACAGAGGAGGCCAUCAUAUAAAUUAAAGAAUAAAUCUUCAGAAACAUAAGUUAAUAAAAAUUUUAACAUUUA